AUGGUUGUUGAAACUUUAUGGCGCGUUUCCGUUGCCUUGGAAGAAAUUGAAGCCAGCCGUCUCGCUGUGUUCAAAGUUAUCAGCGAUACGAGCAAGAAUCCGCUUAUAAAACUCGGUGUACGUCUCGUGGACGAUCCGCAAGUGUAUGUGCUUCAGCAGUCGGAUUUGGAUCCUUUACUUCACGUGGGCAGUGCACCGGCAUCGAAACCUUACCAUUAUUUGCGGAUGUAUGUGAAUGAAACUCUUGUUGACGAAGAAAAAUUUGAUCGCCCAGCUUCGUCAGCUGCUUUGCAUGAAUUCUAUGGCCGCCAGCAAACCACGAUCAAACAAUUGACGGAUCAUUCUUUGCCAAGCGUAUUUGCCGACGAACCAAAGUUCAAAAGACUGGACAGUAGCAUCGUGCAUCCAAAAGACGAAAUUCCUACAUUGCACGUCAGAACCACCGAUAUCGAUCUUCAAGAAUUGUACGAAAACUAUUUGGAAGAUUUCGCCAUCGUUGCCAAUUUGACACAUAUAAGCUCGGGUAACAUACGAUUUUUCGAACAAGCCAAAUUUCAGCUCGGUGGACAAACAUCCAGACUUUUCGAAAAAUUCUCAUUCAAUAUUCAUCUGGCAAAACAACAAGGCAUGUCGCUGGGAGGAUAUCGCAAGUUCAAGCUGCGCGCUGCUGCUACUGAUCCAACCUUUAUCCGUGAGAAGCUCUACUACGAUGUUCUUGACGCUGCUGGUUUACCUGCUUCCCAUGCUUCCUAUGUGAGAUUAUUUAUCAAUGAAGAACCGUUGGGUUUAUACGUUUUAAUCGAUAAUUAUAAAAAUCCUUUCCUGAAGAACGUAUUUGGGCAAGGCCAGAAAUACAAGCAAGGAGUCCUUUAUCAAGGAAGUAUGCCCGAAAAUCCCAUGGCUCCUGGUCGUCUUGGGGCUGGGGCUACCCUGGCUUUCUACGGCCUGACCGACACAGAUUACGCGGAGAACGGCAAGUCAUUGUACAAAGUACAACAGGAAGGUGCCGCUGGCUCGAAUGGACUGAAGGAACUCAUUGAGUUUAUGGAGUUUAUCAAUGGCACGGCCAUCAAGAUGGAUACUCUCGCUUCUUCGCAAUUUGAUGACCUGCAGGAAGCAUGGAAUGCCCGAUUUGAUGUUCGAUUGUUUUUAAAAAAUAUUGCACUGGAAAUCAUUAUGGGCCAUGUGGAUGGGUAUCUUGGAGCUGCCCAUAACUUUUUCCUUUAUCAGAAUCCCGCCGAUCGUCGAUUUUUAUGGCUGUCUGCCGAUCUGGAUCAAACCAUGGGUAAUACCAUGAUCCCUUUCCGAAAUACUACCAGUCACAACGAGCCGUUGACAUCGUUGGACCGAUUCGAUCUGAUGAACUCACAACGAAAACGGCCCUUGAUGCGACAUAUCAUGAGAAUUCCUGGUUUCCAAGCCCAGUUUCACGGCAUUUUGAAAGACAUCCAUCAAGCACUGUUUCAACCGAAUAAACUGAUAGAGCGAAUGCAAGUAUUGGUCGACGCUAUCAGAGACGAUGUCGCGUGGGAUGCCAGCAUUCGCAAGGUUCGUUCUUCUGCUUUUGCCAAUGACCAGAUCGCUCAGAAACAUCGCGAGCAAAUCCAACAAAAGAUCUUGCAAAUGCCAUUGGGUCAAGACUUCCUCGAGCGCAUCAAUGCUAUUGAUUUUGAUGCGGCUGUUAAUGGGCCCUUGGAUGGCCACCCUUCGCUCAUGCCACUCCGUGAUUGGCUACGAGAAAUAGAAAACUUGCUAAACCUUUAUGUGUCUACCCCUUUUAACGUUUUGAUUUAAAAUUAGAAACUCUGUGCCUUGACAUAAUUUCACCCAUUUGAA